ACAAUUAAAAUUUUUUUGAUGUUUUUCUUUCAGGUUUUUUGUUCAUUAGCCCCUGCAGUUUUUGGAUAAGAAAAUUAUGAUGACUGUCGAUGAAGAUCCUGCACUGCAUUUGACCAACAAUGAAAAAUUCCUGGUGAUUGGAAUCUGCCUGGGAUUUCUAAGUCUAACUAUAAUUGUUACCACGUGCUUCGUUUCACCCUAUUGUUGGCUUCAUAACUUGUUUUAUAAAGAGGAUAGAAAAAAACGACAGAAAUUUGGUAGCUACGGAGCCUCAGAAGAGACAACACAGUUUAAACUCACAAAUGCACCUCAUUAUUACCUCCAGUCAGGAAAGAUGCCUCCGUACGUCUCCAACAACAAAUACUCUGAAGAUUCGACUUACAGUAGCAUGUCAUCAAGAAGUAACGCAGAUGUUGCUUUAUCAAUUCAAAGCGAAUCUACACCGGACAUUUCUUUGACAAACGGAGACGCAAUAUUCAACUUUGGUCAAAUCAUUUUUGGUGUCAAGUACAAAGCGGUCGUAAACCAGGAUGUUGGACAACUUGAGAUUUUGAUACAGGAGGUCCAGCAGCUAGGAGCUCGUCCUUAUGGCGGGAGUUGCGAUCCCUACGUGCGGAUACAAGUGCUAAAAGAAAAGGGUCGAAAACGCCGCUCUAAGAACCUGCAAUCCCCGAGAUUCGAAUUUCACACGAAGACAUGUAAAAAGACCCAAAACCCACUUUUUCGCGAGAGAUUCGCAGCAAACUUGCCAUGUGCAGAACUGAAAGACUGUUCCCUGAAGUUGUGCGUGUUUGACGAUGAACGAUAUGCUAACGACACCAACCUAGGGGAGGUUUCGGUUCCCCUGCGAGACUUGGUGAAAGUGGAAACCGGUGAAGAGUUUUUGCAUACCUUUGAUCUGAAAGAACCGAAACAAGACUAUGGGGAGAUUUUAUUUGGGCUGAGUUACCUCCCUACAGCUGAACGCCUAACCUUCAACAUUAUCAAGGCCAACAACCUACAAUCUAUUACUGAAGAAGUGGAGCAUUUUGCACCAUACGUUCGAGUACUGUUGAUUCGUAAUGGUAAACUGUUGAAGAAAAAGAAGACUAGCACCCGCGUAGGGACCGUCUCUCCAUCGUUCAGCGAAUCCUUAACGUUUGAUAUUCCAGCUAGUGAAAUGGAAAAUGUUGUCUUUUUUGUUGUUGUCAGCCAUCAUGACCCACAAGAUGACGGAAUAUCCUCACCGGAAUCACCCACUUCUUCUUCCGGAUCCAUGAAACGUGAUCGCCACGUGGGAAAAGUUUUGAUCGGUUCUUGUGCACGUGGCACUGCUCAGCACCAUUGGUCAGCUAUGAAACAGUCACUAAGGAACAAGUCACGCAGUGGCACACGUUGCGUUAAAACACGCUACCUUUAUAAAAUAUUCUUAUUAGUUGUUUUUUUUUCUUUCUUUUUAACAUUGGAAGUAGAUUGCUAAAAAUUUAAAUUUUACACACCUGUGUGCUUAGUGUAUUCACAAAUAUUUAAAAAAUAAUUAUUUAUUUUAGAUUAAUUUCCAGGAUACCCCAAGAGUAAUAUGAUUUUUGGGGGGUUUCGGAGACAUCAAUAGAAACACAAAAACGAUUUAAAAAUGGAGAUAUAUAAUAAAUUGUUUUUUUUUUUGGGGGGGGGGGGGGUCGAAAUUUUGAGUAUCAGCCUGCUGUUGAUAUGAGAAGUAUAUAUAUAUAAGCAGGUUUUUAAAAGCCAACUGAUAAAAGCUAAAAAACAACAUCUAAAGCAGAAGGAAGGCGACAAGAAACAACAGUGCCUCCCAGUGGCACAGCGGUAUGUCUGUGGACUAGAAUCCGGGUUUCGAUACCCGUGGUGGGCAUAGCACAGAUAGCCCAUUGUAUAGCCUCGUGCUCAACUUCAAACAAACCUUCCAAAGAAAUGGCAGUAUGAGACAUAUAAACUAAGUGCAUAACGCAGAACAGAUGUAUUGUGAAACCGGUGUUGUUUCUUAAACGUAGUUAUUGAUGAAAGUGAUUAGACGUUGCGCAACCUUAGAUAAAACGCGCUGUUAAAGAUGAAUUGUGAAACCAUCGCGCGAAAGCUCACGUUUUUAAACUGCAGCUAAAACCUUUUUCGGGAACUGAUUAUCCGAAAAUCAAAAACCGCUCAUUCUAACAAAAAAAAAGUGAAACGUUUUUCCGCUCAUUCUAACCAAAAAAAGUGAAACGUUUUUCUAUGGAAUUUAUAUAGUUGAAUACAGGGGCGUCGCUAGGCACCGGUACACGGGGGCCCGUGCCCCGAAUCCCCAUUUGGUGCUCUCGAAAAAUUAGAAUUGAAAACCACGAUCGGUAUCGUACUGAAAAGCCGAAAAUUAUCGCGAGUUCCUGCCCCAAAUCUUUCAAGCACCUAGCGACGUCUCUGGCUGAAUACGUGAUAUUCUGUUUGUAGUUUUCUUGAGACGCCACGUAACAAAAUCUUACCUCUGGUUGGAUGUACUUUAUGAUAUGUAUCUUGUAAACUGUUCAUCGUGAUAUUUGAAAAACAACAAAAAAUA